AUGGAUCCCGGUGAAGGAACUUCUGAUUCUAAUAGAAUUAAUAGAAAGCGAAAACAAAUGUUUACGAUUUUAGAGGACAGUGAUAUAGAGGAGGAAUUGUUCGCUGAUCACUCGGAAGACGACUACCAGCCUAGUGAGGAGGAGUCAGCGUCUGAAAGUGAAGGUGAGGUGCAACUUUACAAUAUUGAAUUACGUCCUCCGGGACAUCGAACAUCCUCGCCCAUAGCUCAAGAUCAAGACCUGCAGGGUAAUUCGCCUUUUGUCACUUCAUCACUAGACAAUCAAAGUCAAGUCCAGGCAUAUCAGCCCUCUAUAGCAGGCUCAACUUCUGUAUUGACAACUACGGGAGACCUAAAUAAAUUUGAUUUUACAAAAUCUAAUGAAUUUUAUGGCGAAGUAAUGGGAGUCGAGCCUAUUGAUUACUUUAAUUAUUUUUUCAAUGACGAUUUGUUCACGCUGAUUUGUAGUGAGACAAAUGCCCAGGCUCAAAGAUUAUUAGAUGCUCAUAAACGGCCACGAAAUGAGGAAGAACCAAAUAGAGAAAUAUACCAAACCCAGCCAGAAGUAUCCACACCUCUCAUUUAUAACCCAGAACAAUUAUCUGCACCUGCAAACACCAAUAUAAUAGGACCAUCCACAUCUUUUCUGCUACCACCAACAUCUCCACCACAAAAUGACCCUCAAACAACCCGAUGUCACCACAAACUGAUUUCCCACCAGCAACACAACAUGCCGACCCUUAUCCCCUUAAGGGCUGAAACUGCGUUAAGCGGGCGCCUGCGCGGCUUCAUACGAAAGUGCUACGUCGCGGGGACCUGCGCGGACGUCCGUCACGAGGAGGCGCGCCCCGCACUCACGCAACUGGGCCCGCCUCCGUGCGACGGGACUUGUCGCGGGGGCACGCGCGGUGUCCGCCAGCGCGCAGAAGACUCUUUUAACGCAAGUGGAUCUUCGUCUGGUGGAACCCAUUUCAUAAGUGAUAGUGAAGAUGAUGAUAUUAUAUUGACCGAAGACUUUCAACCUCUACAUAGAAUCCCAAGAUCAGGAGAUUUUGUUAUAAUUUUGAUUGAAUCAGAGAUAAAAAAGAAAAAAUGCUAUUACGUCGCGAAAAUUUUAGAAGAGUUCCGAAGACGAUUUUGA